AGCAGACUACUUCUGCAAGACUAAAAUGAAGAAAAAAACCCAACUGCCAGCCCUCCAGAUUACAGCUCUUUCAGGGUUGAUUCAUAAAACAACUGGCUGCAGAUUGUAGCAUACCACAAGCUGACUGUGAGCACCCCAGUGUAUCCUCAACUGUGCUUCUUUGCUCAGCAGUCAUCAGGAAAUUAUUCAGAGUUUUCAUGGAAAAAAGUAGGAGGCACUAUUUUCGGAGCAACCUACACACUACCAUACGCAUGGUUCUCUGCCUUUGAGUGCUGUCUCUGAAGAAGGACUCUAUCCCAGCAACUCUCUUUUCAGCAAGGAAAUCAGAUGGAUGUUCCAAAAAGGGAACAAUUUUCCAGCACUGUUCAAUGGAAGACCAAAAGGAAGCCCAUGUUAAACACUGGUUUGCAAACCAGCCAAUUCAAAACCUCUCAGUACUUCUAAUAUAGACAGACACUCAUAAGCUGAACUGCAUGGCGUCUUGGCUUGUCAACAGGAAAACAGAAGUCCUUCAUUUCACGGAGCUGCACGCCUACUGCAUUACCUAACACCAAAUACAUCACGUACCAUCUAGUUUAUCAUCUGACUUAAAUUUGAGAUACCACACUCAGGCAGCACUGAAAUGAUAAAAGUAAAAAGCCAUGAACAAAAAGAAGAAUGUGAUUUUCCACGCCAGUGAGCAGUACAAGUGUGCAGUAUCAGCGUACAGCAAGUGCAGUUUAGGUUGUUACCGAGACAGAAAAGAAUAGCAACAAAUAUGAGCAAAAUUUUUUGGAGUGCUGCUGGCACGCGUGCGGCAGGUGAGGCCGGCGCACGGUGAUGAGCAUCAAUGGACGGCGACAUCGCUGUGGGCCGGGUGGUGAUGUCACCCAGUGAAGUUCGUAACACCUUCUGCUUGCUGCAGCACCAGCGAGGGGAGCAGCUUCCCGACCUCAGCUCUCCCCAGCCCACCGCACAGCCCGGGGCCAUGGACGUGGCAUCCGACUGGGUCUGCCCCAUCUGCGGGCAAAUUCGGGAGGAUGUCACCUACGUGACCCCCUGCCAACACCAGUUGUGCUACGGCUGUGCCAUCUGGUGGGCCUACAAGAAGCCGAGUUGUGCCGUAUGCGGGCACGAAAUAACAACCAUCCGAUACUCGGUGAGGUCGGAUGAUGACUUCCUCGAGUGUGCUGUCCCGCAGCCCGCAGCACACUCAGACCAAGAUCAAGGCCUGCAGGAGGAGCAGGGGCCUGCAGAGCCGGUGCUCAUUCCACCUGAGCACAGCUUUCCAGCCGAGGUCUGGGCUGCAUUUUUCAGGGAACAUCAGGAAGACCUCGAACCCCUGCUCCAAUGGCUGCAGGAGGAGAUCCAGCAGCAGUCCAGCAAUGACUGGUGGGAAGUCCAUGCGGGACAGUGGACCACCAUUAACUUCCUGUGCGAGCAUGGACUGGACGAGGAGGCCUUGCUGCAGGCGCUGCAGCCGAUCACCAAUGGCGAUGUGGUGCCCUUUGUGAGAAGGCUCAUCGGCACCGCAGCAGCCCUGUACGGCCCCACGAUCCGCCACGAGCUGGACCACCGGGACAGCCACGCUGCUGGAGGACGGGAGGACGGCCCUGCAGCCAGCACCAUCACCAGCACCUCCCAUCUGGAGCCUCCCGCCUCGGGCCCAGGCCGCUCCACCAGCCCCGCAGGGCCCAGCGCCGAGGAGCUGCCCGGCAGCUCUCCUGGGGGACCCGGGCGCCCCAGCACCGCCACCGCGCCCUCAGCGGAGGAGCCCCAGGAGGAGCCAGGGCAGGCGGCGGCAGCGGGCCCCUCCGCCCAGGGCAGGGACCGCUCGAGUGGGGGGCCCCGGCGCCCCCCGAAGAGGAAGGCCAGCAGCAGCCGCCAGGACUCGUCCCCACCCCGCAAGAGGCGGCCCCGGCGGCGGCGCUAG